GCCACGGAGAGGGACACUCGCCACUGCUAAUCACUGGUGGGAUGGAGGGGGGCUAACCGAGUGUGGACAUUUUAUAUACUUUUUGUUGUUUGACAGCUGCUUGUGGAAUAAUGCUGCAGCGUUCUUGAUGGGGAGAAGGAUUCAGAAAAUGCUCCGUGGCUUAAACUGAAACCAGAGGUGAAUAUCCGCAAAGCUUAUCCAGCCAUGCCGCAAUCAGGAGGUCCCAAACACCGGUAGUUCUCACUGCGACCCCAUCACCUGGGCCCUCUGACGCCCUCAUGACUCCAGGCCGUCUGGCUCACAGCGUCAACUUCUCCUGCCGUCGGAAACACCCAGACACGUCCAGGCGCUGCCGACCUGGGACACGCCGGGGUCACCUUUGCCCUUGAUGCAUGGAUCCCGACAGGACUGGGGGCAGAGGAAUGAGGAGGAACAUGUUCCUCUGGUGGAUCUUACUGCUUUUCUCCCAAGGAUUUGUAUUUCGCCACGUCCGAGGGGAACUUCCUUUCAUCGCGGGGAACAAUGCUGCCAUGCUGGUCAACUGGAAUGCUGUUGACGGAAACAAGAAGUUGUUCGCCAUCUAUGACACGAGCGUCAAUGAACCGGGAAACAUGUCUUUCGUGAAGGAGACGGUGGAUAAACUACUGAAGGGUUAUGAUAUCCGACUGAGGCCGGACUUUGGAGGGGCCCCUGUAGCAGUCGGGAUGAGCAUAGACGUGGCCAGCAUAGACAUGGUGUCAGAAGUCAACAUGGACUACACGUUGACCAUGUACUUCCAGCAGUACUGGAGGGACAAGCGUCUAGCCUACCUAGGAAUCCCCCUCAACCUGACUCUGGAUAACAGGGUUGCCGACCAGCUCUGGGUCCCCGACACCUACUUCCUGAACGACAAGAAGUCCUUCGUGCACGGAGUCACCGUCAAAAACAGAAUGAUCCGUCUGCAUCCGGACGGGACCGUUCUCUACGGCCUCAGGAUAACCACGACAGCAGCGUGCAUGAUGGAUCUCAGGAGGUAUCCGCUGGAUGAGCAGAACUGCACUCUGGAGAUAGAGAGCUAUGGCUACACCACAGACGACAUCGAGUUCUACUGGAAGGGAGGCGAUACGGCCGUUACGGGGGUGACACGGAUCGAAUUGCCUCAGUUCUCCAUUGUGGAUUACAAGCUGGUGUCCAGAAACGUAGUCUUUUCCACAGGUGCCUACCCUCGACUGUCCCUGAGCUUCAAGCUGAAGAGGAACAUCGGCUACUUCAUCCUGCAGACGUACAUGCCAUCGAUCCUGAUUACCAUCCUCUCCUGGGUCUCCUUCUGGAUAAACUAUGACGCUUCAGCAGCCAGAGUGGCUCUAGGGAUCACCACGGUGCUGACCAUGACCACCAUCAACACCCACUUGAGAGAGACUCUGCCCAAGAUCCCGUACGUCAAGGCCAUCGACAUGUACCUGAUGGGCUGCUUCGUCAUGGUCUUCCUGGCCCUGCUGGAGUACGCCUUCGUCAACUACAUCUUCUUCGGGAGGGGUCCCCAGAUGCAAAAAAAGCUAGCAGAGAAGGCGGAGAAGGCUAACAACGAGAAGGCGGCUAAGUACGACGCUGCGAGGGAGGCAGGUAGUAGGACCGCGUCCCUAAAGCGGUCCAAUCAGAUUAAAGGUCUUCGCCACUCACGCUCGGCGGAAGCUCACGGCCACGGGAACAUCCUGCUCACCACCCUGGAGAUCCAUAACGAGGUGGCGGGCGGCGAGAUCACCACCAGCUUGGCGGACAUUAGAAACUCUCAGUCUAUGGUGCAGUUGGACAGCCAAGCCUCAUCGCACAUCCAGUACCGCAAGCAGAGCGGCGGGAUCGGCCCGCGCUCCGCCAGCCGACACUCCCUGGACCGCGCCGCCCAGAUUAAACGCAGCCGUCUGCGCAGGCGGUCCUCGCAGCUCAAAAUCAAAAUCCCCGACCUGACGGAUGUGAACGCCAUCGACCGCUGGUCACGGAUCAUCUUCCCCUCCGUUUUCUCACUGUUCAACCUCAUCUACUGGCUCUACUAUGUCUGAUUGGACUGUUUUGUUGAUAUGUUUGUUGUUGUUUGUUUGAUUUUUAUUUUCAUUUUGUUUUUCUUCCUUUUUUCUGUUGCUUUUAUACAUGAUGGCAUCUGUCGAGGUAAAGACUGCAACACAGGACAAAAAGAAAAACUGACUGAGAAACACAACUGAGUUUUGGACCAAGUUCUUGUCAAAAUUGUUUUUAUAUUUGCAGUCUUUGAAUCCUUAGUACCAUCGUCUUUUUAUUUUCUAAAGUAUGUACUGUAAUUGGGACUUGUGACAGUCAUCUCCCAACAUUUGCUCUCUCAGUAAUGUGUAAAUAGAGAGAUACAAAGCCAGCAAUUCAAUACAUAUUACAGUAUUUGCAAAAAAAUACUAACCCAAUAUCAGUUAACAAAAGGAUUUUUCUAAUCAAAGACAUAAUUAAGAAUACUUUAUACUACACAGGUGGUCAGAUAAAUGCAGGCAAUUCCUAAAAGUCCAUUAAACAAACUAAUGUAUGUUUGACUGGUACCCUAUGCACUAUUAAUGCAUGUAAUGAUCAACCAUAGUGGGAACAUAACGACUCCUUUUUUGCCUUGGAUUAUGUCACAACUUUACAGAAGACUGUGUUGAUUUGUAUUUGUUUAUAGCGUUGAUAAUAUACAGUAUACUUGCUAUUAACUAUGUCAUGCAAUGAUCUGGUAAACCUUUACCCAAACACAAUAAGUUAAAGUCGAGGGUUUUCUCCUCCGUUCAGGAUGACUGUGACUCAGGUUCUGAAUCUUUUGCUAUUUGACAUCUUGUCACGGACAAAGUGUCACUGAAAUAACAUUUUUGGUAAUUUGAUAAAAGAACAAAAGCACAAAUAAGAAUAAAACUGCCAUUUUUUCACUGUUACCUUCGAGCAACAGCGCUUCAAGUGAUAGCGUGACAGAAUUGCACUCAAAUUUAGAAACUUCCUCUUUAAUUUACAACAACUGCCAAGGGCCUUUUGGGCGACACGGUUCCUCAACCCAUGAAAUAUUAUGAUAUUUUUGUACUCUGUGUCUUCAGGUAUUCAAUUGAUUAUCCUAUCCCGUGUUUUAGUUAUUUUGUGCUCAACACUGUUGUGGUGAUUGAGUGGAGGAAUGACCCCAAGUUUUUGUAAAUAAGUACAUAAUUGUGUAUAUACAUGAAUGUAUAUAUACUGUGUGUACGACCCUGAAUUGAAAAUGAUACGAGCAUUUUGUGAUUGUCGUUCUGGCUUUUAAACCGUCAGGACAUGAAAAACAAAAGACAAAAAACAAAUUCACCAACAGGUCAGUUUCAAGCAUCACUUAGUUUUUGUGGGGCACUCUGAAUAUCUUCUCAAGCAAGUCCUCUACAGACACUGUGCGUACAUUUCAGAGUUACUGUACGCUCCGUUAUACAGCAUAUGGAUUUCAUUGAUUCGCAGACGGACGACGAUAACCGGCCUGUCGACUAAUAAGCACAUACUAGCGCUGAAUGUAUCAGGUCCAUUCUUCAGGGAGAGGAUAAUGAGCCAUGGUCGUCAUUUCUCCAUCAGAAUGUAACACGCCCAUUCCUACGAGUGUCGUAGAAAAAAAGAGGGGAGGGAUGGCGUUUUUAAAGAGUGUGUGCAUGUGCAUGUGUGUGUGAGAGAGAGAUGGGGAAUGGAUAAGGAGAGCUUGAGAUAGGAAGGGCGUGGGUAGACCAUUUACUUUCUGUGCUGCUUGCUCGACUGUGGACAAAUGUCAACGUGUAAUAGUUUUGUGGAUAAAAAUAGCUCUCCUGUCCCACUCCUUUGAUAAACUGGGUGCCAUUCCACCUAAGGUCACAGACCAAUCAACCAGUUACAACUCACGGACGAUGAUGUAAAUUUGUCAUAGCUACAUGACACACAGUGUAUGAGACACACGUGAAAACAUUCCUACUUGAUAAGUUCAGCGAUGGGAACAAUUUAUCAGAAGAAUUGUAAAGUUGUAUGUGUACAGACUGAUUGAUAUAUGACUUAGAACUGAAUGUAUUGUACUCGGAUUGUUGCUGCACAAAUGCAAUUUUCUUUCUGGAAACAGGAUUGACCUCAACCCUGAUUAAUUAGGGCUCCAGUUGACUCCACAUUCAAGUGACCCCGAGUUUAUCGCCGGUCACUGCCCUGUUUUCUACUGUGUAGACGGGGCGCAGUGCACAAAGGACGUGGGUCCAAGAAAGAAAAAGCUCCAUAUGAGAUAAAAAAUAUCAUAUAUUACAAGCCAAAACAUCUCGAAAGGUGUGUUCAGAAGACAUUUUAAGCGAGUGUUCACCUACAAAUUUGUGUUUAUUUACCGCCAAUGUAUCGUUAGCUAGAAAUGGACGAUCUUUCUGUUACUUCCCUCUCGUCUCUGUGGGUUUUUAAAACUUCGGGAUGCUUGCAAUUUUUCCGUUCUGUCUGAACACAGAGCAAAAGAGGAUGUCUGACUUAAGCACAAGCAAUGUUUCGCGGUCUCAUGCAUUCACGCUUGUUACGGCAUUGUCCCAAAAGCCAAGCGAGGAAGAAUUAAAUCUCACAACAGUUCAGCUUCAGUGCUGUGUAAAUACGAUAUAAUAAUACAGAUUUCUGGAUAACUGAAGCUAGAAAACGACGGUUUUACUUCCUGGCUUUACUGGUUGAUUGAAACACUUACUUUAGGGUCAACUUUCUGCAGCUGGUCAUUGUACCAGUCAUUAUUUGAAUUACACCGCGGUGCAGGUGAAGAGAGGACAAGACGGUAACUCUUGAUACUUGUUUAUCAUGCAUGCAACGACAAUUCGUGACUUUAAAUAAAAAAAACUCACUCAUGAGAGCUGCCACUCGCUCAUUUUAGAAAUAUAAAUGCCAUGUGAGCCUACAAUAAAAACGUUUAAAAAAGCAACAAAAAAAAGAGUCAUCAAAGGCUUCAGGUGUUGUAUGGCCUUGGUCCCAUAUUGGAAUGUGAAAUGUUCUGUGCUGCCACAAAAUGUAUUUAGGCUUAGAUUUCUACUGUAUAUCUCUGUAUGUUUCUCUUCCUUUUUCAAUAGAUUAUCAUGUUAAACCAUCAAAUAAAUUAUAUACAUUGUUCCUGUGUAUUUGGUAUUGCGAGCAUGCAUGACACUGUAAAUAAUCUGCAAACUAGUGCAAGAUCAAACAGCCAUUUCCAACAUAUUUUGAUCAAAUGUUGCGUGUACAUUCCCCAACUCUUCGGGUGCCCUUGAGCAAGGCACGUGAACCCUUUCUGUUUCAGUGCAACGACACAGGGACAGUUGAAGACCUUUCACUCGACUCCCAGUUGGACAUCUUUUGUGUAUGAAGUGAACUUUCUGAGUGUGUGCCAGAGUGUUGGUGAAUACGAGUACAUUAGUUCCCCGGAUAAAUAAAGAUUGG